UAACUACAAACCUAAAUUAUGUAGGUUUUUAUUUAUGUGUAUUUAUAUGUAAAUGUCAUCAGGUGAAUUGUUUAUCACUGAAGUCUACCAUCAAAUAUUUGUUUAUAUCAGAUAACUAUCUUGCACUAAUUACUAGAAAAAGUGUUAUUAGCGGCCUUUAAAUCUCAACUAGUAUGUCAUGAUCUCUUGUCAUAAUUAAUAGGCUCUUCUCUUACCAAGGGUCUCCUCUUGGCUUUUUUUAAAUAAGAAAAGAUAAUACAACAUGGGAUGGUGUUCUUUCCUUCAGGUACUCACAUUUGGUUUUUUGAGUGUAUAUAAUUAAGCUUAUUCCUCAGAUUUUUCGGGCGAGACGGAUAGAUCAAGUACAGUGUAUUAUUUUUGUUAUAAAAUAACAAAUGUUUACCUUCAUAAGCUGGUACUGGGGAAGAGCUCUGAACUAGCAGGGAGGUAGAGAAGGGGGGAAAGGUGGAUUGGUUUCUGAUAUGUGUUAGCACUGGCUGUGCUAGGGGAAGACCGCUGCCAGUAACUCAGUUGUUUUCUGUAGACCCGAACUAAGGAAGGCACUGAACAUGAAGAGAGUACAUUUCUGCGCCUGAGAGACUCUGCCUUCCCACAAGUGACCUCCCCUACUACACACUAUCCUUUUCAGAUUCUCAAACCUCUAAAAUGGGGAGGGUGGGAGCAGGGGAGUGUUCACGAGAUAACAGUGUCACCUCCACAAAAAUGAGGCCACUGAGGUCAUGAUUUCAACAAGUGCUUUAGAAGCAUCUGGUUUGGGGAAAAAUGGCAUUGCUUUGCUAAAUUUUUUGAACUUGAUAACUCCGUCACAUGAAACCACGCAGUUGGUGUGAGUCUUCAGUGAAUUUGAAACUGUUUUUUGUAUUAAACUUGGGCAUGAGAUAACCCAGUAGUUAAACAUUGCUUCCUGAAUUAAAGCUUGAUUAAUUUUGUAUUAAACUAUGAAAGACUGUAUAAAUACUUGAAGUUCAGUCCAUAUAAUACAACUGAACCAAAGAGACAAGCCUAUACUACAUGUUUUCAUCAAUAGAGACAUCACUCAUAACUGAAAGGUGUUGCAGUAGUAUAUCCUGCUUCAGGAGGAUACAAAUAUUGAUGUGAACUGCCGUAUCUCACAGCAAUGUAACAGUCAGUUUUAUUAGGCAGUGUUGUUUGCAGUAUCAGAGAUUCUUCCUUCAAAAUUAUAAAUCCACAGGAGAUUUUUCCUUGAUGCUUUUCCCUGUGAAUAGAGCCACUGAAUUGGAUGACAGAUGCCUUAGGGUAAAGCAGAGAGCCAGGCACUUUCAGAGUUUUAUAAAGGGGAACAUUAGCAUUGAGUUGAAUAAAUAUCUUCUGCCCCUCUGGGAAAGUUCCCCAAAACUGCUAUGAACUGCAGUUCAAAAUCCACAGGUUUGAACAGCUGUGGGUGUUCCCCUCUGCCCUCCCUCGCCUUACAUUGUCAUUAACUGAGCAAUUGUAUGUUAAGAUGCUUUCCCCCUACCUCCUUAGUGUGCAUCAGUCUCCACGUUACAGGUAGGAAUUAGUAUAAUUUGUUCAUAACUCUGCAACUGUAUAUGUCAAAUGCAUAUGUGUGUGUAUAUAUAUAUGUAUCUGUAUCUCACUGUACCGGGCAUCUAGCUGGGUGCAUUCCUUUACUGAGGAAACUGUGCCUUGUUACAGCAAUUCAAAGAGACUGUUUGGCUUAACAGGAAAGGUAUUAGGUAAGUAUGCAUUUAUGUUACGCAUUUAAACAGAAAUAGAUAUCCUGUUUUAUUACGUUCUUAAAACUUAUGCCAAAUCUUAUGUGCUUUUACAUGCCUGAUAUCUUAGCUCUAGUCUUCAGCAGGUAUAAGAAUUUGUACUGCUGAAACUUGCACAGUCACUGUCUAGAACUGAUGUGUGCCUAGAACUGGUCUGACUUUGCAAGGACCAGUUAGUGUAAAAUCAGCUUGUCUCCCUACUGCUUUAUUGGGGAGUCUCACUCUAAUUCAGCUGCUUGUUCUGGGUAGCUUCUCUUCCCAUUUAAAGAAUUAAAAAAAUAUUUUCUAACUGGCAUCAUAAUUUCUUUGCUGGUCCAACGAGGUCUUAGUUAAAUAUGCAUCACUUAAAAGUUAAUACAGUAUAUUUCCCCUCUGUGUAUUCCUCUAAGAUACUGAGUGACAUCAGAAGUGAUAGGGUGCCUGUAAGAUGGUGAAUUUUAAUUAUUUUAUGAACUGUUACUACAAAUGGCAAGAAAUGAUACUUGCUGAUGGUGAUUUUCUUGUAUACACAUAAAUGGGAAAUAAUUGAACCUCUGUUAAAUUAGGAAGGGCUUCUGUAAGAUUUUGCUACCACUUCUAGCAGCCUUUUUUCUUCUAUGUGCUCCUAGGGAAAAGAGUCAUGAAACUUGCAUGGCAGUCAACUCUGUCUGAAACAAGGCUGCUGGUCUGAAUGAUGUUACCCAGAUUUAGACUUGCACAAAAAGAAGUACUUUCAAGCAAAUAGCUAACAUCAAAUCUGCUUCAUUCUCAGGUAACCUUGAAUAUUUGUCUCGUUCUGCCUCUGUGCCUAUGGUUUUAUUUCUCCUUCUCCCUUGCCAGAAAAUCCAGAACAACUGGAGUGUCUGGAGCUUGGGCAUUCAGCAAAGGCAAGAAGUGUGAGGAUCCAGGCUGCGUUAGCCACGGCUUGUGUAUAUGAAAGCUUGUCUGCUUAUCAUUUCCCCAUUUGUUCGGUGUUUGUUGGCUUUUUUUAAUCCCCUCUCUCUUCCGCAGCUCUGUGAGUUUAUGUAGCAAAAGAUGCUGCCUGCCUCUGUGAAUGCAGCUGUAUUUGCCUAAAGGACAAAUCUGGUGAAUGAAGAGGGAAUUGUCCCUUUGGAUGAAAAGCAUCUUUCCAAACUGCCUCGGAGAUCCGGCAGUGAGGGGUUUCAGACCUGAACAGGUUAGGGAUUCACAUGCGAGUGUUCACACUCAGUGGGAAUUGCCUGUUUUCAAAGCUGUCCUUAGACUUUUUGAAGUCUCAGGUAUGUCUGGACUGCUUUAGUAGGCAUUUUAAAAAGCAUGAUUGUAAAUUGAUAGUACAGUUUUAUAUUGUAAUCAUCAGUCCAUUACGGAUGUCUUGUGCCCCAGAACAUUGAUUUGAGUGUAUGACUGCUGCACAGUUCUGCAACUUAUUCCAUAUUCCCAUAAAACUAAAAAAACCCUGUCAAAAGCUAGGAUGAAAAAAAAUACCCAUUUAUUUGCUGACAUCUGAGAUAAGACAAAUAAAAAUGCUUUCAAAAGUGACUUCUGUUCAAGGUGAAAGUAUGCUCAUGUCUCAGGUCUAGGAUGUGUAGUCCCUUAUGCAAAAAAAUAAAAAGACUGAUCAUGACAAAUUUUGAUGGCUCAUCAACUCUUAAAUGAGUGUGAUUUCACACUAUGGGAGUAAUACUAAAAGUACAAAACCACCAAGUUCCAAAGAAAUUAAAUAUACAUCUUAGUAAAAUAUGUAUUUUUGUCAAUUUGGCUCGUUCAACUAGAAGUUUUCCCAAGGACUGUCUAAACUCCUUUUGGUGACUCUUGCAAAGUUGACAGUUAAAUUUUCCUGUUUUUUUCAAGGAAGUUCCACGAAGAGAUGAGAUGAGAUCCCGCUGAAUAAUAAGUUGUCAGGGAGGAGAUUUACUUCUGAUGUCUGUAGUGACUUGACUUUUUUCUUGUUUUUAGAGCCAGUGAAAAAUACUAGCAUUUCAUUGCCUGACAUGAUUUUCAUAAGUUUGUACGGUAGCUUUUUUUAGAAAAAAUAAUUACUCCUUUGUUUAACCAAGAUUCCCCCAAAAUGAGUGUUUUAUGACCUGAAGAAUUAUUGUGGUAAAUGUUGACACACAACCAACAUAUCAACAGGAAAAUAUAAAGCUAGAGGCAACUUUCCAUUGCAGGGAAUUGCAGUAAUUUCAUCUGUCACCUUUUUAGGGAGGAGUAAUUGAAGAUACAGGUGAUUACAUGACUUCUUGCAAAAACAGAAUUAAAAGGAAAUGUAUCCACAUGUCUGCUGUACUUGGAAGUCCCCUAGGAGCAUGUGGGAAGUGGCAAGUAAUACUGCAAUAGUAAAAUGCUACAACAAAGGAACGGUGUAUUGUAUUUUUCAUGUGCCAAUUACAGAUAAGACUUGGAGAUCAAGAAAAUGUAACUUCAACAUUGGGUUGUGCAAGCUUCCAAAACAGGACUUCCAAAGGGAAGUGCAGUCACAUCAUCCUACCUCGGUGGAUGGCUUGGCCUCUUGAAUAGUUCAAGACUCUUGGAUGACCACACUUUAUGCAAAAUCCAGAAUCUUCCUGCCUGGGCGCCUUUCUGUUUUCUAAGGCCAAGAUGUGAUGUUAUGGGGAUCUCCAACACUUGCUGAAGACACCAGAUCAGAUCCACUGUUCUGUGUAGUCUGACAGCUUACUGUGUUACGUUCAUGUUGGGGAGAGGUCUAAAACGCAAGCUGAGUGACUAUGAGGAGAACAUGGCUGGUCUCUCGAGUGCCUUUGAUUCCAGUCGAAAUCUGCCAUAUCCGCUUAAGAGGCAGUUGGUGCUUAAUAUGUGCCUCACCAAGUUACAGACGUACAAAAUGCUGGUGGAACCGAACUUGCACCGCUCUGUCCUCAUAGCCAACACAGUACGGCAAAUUCAAGACGAAAUGAGACAAGAGAGUAAUCAGCAGCCAGUUAAUGUCUGCCCUGGCAUUACUCCUAGUUCUCACAGCUACACAGGGAUGGAGUCAUCUGGGAUUUCUCUUCAGUUGCCUUCAGGUAUCAGUCAGCAAGAGUCUAACUGUUGCGACUUGCGGCCUGUAGAAGACCCAAUUGAAAAUAGCCUGCUGAUAGUUUCAGAUGAUGAUAUGUCAUCUGCUAUCUCGUCUAUUCUGAAGGAUUUAGACUUUGUAGAAGAUAUAAGCCCACCUACUUGUCUGGUUCCUACUGGAGAUGACCAGCCAAAGUUUCCAGAAAAUUCUGGUCUAAAACUAGAAGAUGAUAGACAGGAUUUGAAGGCAGCUGAAUGUGUGUUUGGUUCCUUUGAGAUUUCAAAUUCAACUAGUUACUUGAAGGAUUUGGCAAUAGAUGACAUUUUUGAAGAUAUUGACACUUCAAUGUAUGAUUCAGACUUUUGUUGCCCUCCGCUGAUGCCGCCCAGACCACCAUCUCUUGCUACAGAAGAACCAUUGAAAACCUUUCCAUCUUGUAAUUCUUCUUCAGCAAACAACAUUCAGAUCUGUAGAACAGAUCUGAGUGAGUUGGACCACAUCAUGGAGAUUCUGGUUGGAUCCUGAUACCUGUUUUACCCAAAGAUACUUCUUAACUGCCACUUUCCAUUUGAUUUCAGGAUAAAAGCCACUGGAAAAGUUGUAAAGAAUUCUUGAAAACAUAAACUAAAAAUAAUUUGUCCAUAGUGGGAUUUCAUAAAUGAUUCCAAAACUUAUAAACCAAAAAAGUGGCAGAUUUUUUUUAAAGAAAUAUUUAUUUAUCAGAACUGUGCAAUCAUCUUUUUCCUUCCUGGGUGUAUGUGGAACAAUAGGCACAUACCCUUAUCACCCUUCAUGCCUCUUUCAAUAAACUUUUUUUAUGUGCAAUUCUUAAUUUGUCAGAAGAAUUUACAUGCAAAGCAAAUUUCAUAUAAGAUGAUCUUUUACAAAGCCUCCACUUUAUUUUUAAUAUCAGAGUCUAUGCCAGGUUGGCAUAAUUCAAGUUGCGUAGUUGGAUCGCGUGGAUUGCAGACACAUUACUAGAGAUGGGUAUAUUUUAAAAAUGAGACACGCUUUGCUUUCUUUCAGUCAGAAAAGCAGAUCAAGAAGCUUAUCAACGAAGUCUCUUGCAUUUUCUAAAGCAUUCAGAACUAUUUAUUUUUGUAAAUUUUAUAGUCUUUCUACAUUUUACUACGUUAUUUCAUCAUAGUUCAAAUAUAAUGGACUUCUAGUUGGAUGUGUUUAGCACUACCUCUGAGCUGAAAUGCUUUAACUCUUUCCAGUGCUUCGUCUAAGACUGCAGAUCUUUUUGUUUCUAUUUUUUUUUCUGGGGGAAAGUACUUCUAACUCAUUAAGCUGAUCCUUUUGACGGUGACCUAGCUGAUUUGUGAAAUCAAGGGUAUUCAAUGUUUAAAAACCUUUAAGUAUUUACAAAUGUAAUUUAUAUGUAGAUUGUGCAAUUUAACAUUUUUCUGUCAGUAUUACGUGCUUAGAUUUUGAAUAAUCUUGGCGUUCUUUAAAUUAAAACUUGCUAUGUACAGGUAGCUUUUUAAUCCGUUUUGGAAAACACUGUCCUUCAACCCUGCUUUCACUACAAAGUUUAAGAUGAUUUUUAUGUGCAAUAUUAUUUAAAAAGAUACACAUUUGUAUACCUGGCAUUGUGGAAAGAAACGCUUCAAAUUUAAAACUUCUAGCACCUUUGGAGGAUACUCGAGAGUCAGCAUUUCUGUAUCCUUUAAGAAACAAAAGUUGAAAACACUUCUUAAUACACCAGUGCUCACUGCUCGGAGUACUCCUGAAAUACGCGUUGAUACGUGGUGAGUCCGUGCUGGCGACCGAGAGCCACCCUGCAGCCGUGUCGUGGGAGCUCGGGGCUCUGACGGCGCAGCUGCGGCGCCAGGGCUGGGGCCCGGGUGGGCUUUGGAAGCGCUGUGGCGGUUGCUGCUGAUGGCGCUGCAGGUUGUUCUGGGGAAGGAGGGGUGCGUGCCUGUGGCAGGUGUGUAUAUAACUGUAUAUAAGCGCACUCGAUAACUGAAGAUGAGAUUUGCAGUGAGAACUAUUUUCCCGUAAGACAGUUUGGAUACUCUGUUUCAGCUUGAACUGAGGUCUGUAUUGAUCCUUGCUGUCAUCUUCUGAACUACACACUUGCACAUUAGUUUUGAGGGUUUUUUUAAUUAUAAAACUUUUACUUUGUUCUUGAAAGCUGCAGCACCUGUCCUGUAAGAAAAUUUGCAGUUGUAAAAGCUUUGCUUUGGUUUGUUGGGUUUUGGGGUUUUUUUUGUUGUUGUUGUUCUGCUGAAACUUUUCAUGAAUGGGGCAUCAGCAGAGGAAAAAAUGUUGCCUGUGCAUUGCAUCUCACAGAAGUUGAAAUCCUGGCCCUGUUGAAGGGGCCAGGGUGUCACCUAGUAUUUUGAGUCCUUACUGAUGCUGUGGGACACCUACCUUGUGCAAAGAGCUCUCUCUUUUUUUUUUUUUUUUUUUUUUUACUGUGACUGUUUCAGUUAACAGUUAGCUGCCGAUACAAUUGGGUAUCCCGAACCAAUGGAGAACCAGUUCAGGUCACAUCCUCGCAGCCAUCGGGGUUGUUUAGCAACCUAAGGGUAUAAAUGUAUUUAUAAGCAUAUAAUGUAUUGAUUCUAAUAUAAAACUUCUGAUCUAAAGUAUUUUGAAUUGCUGGAUAAAGGGAUUUGUUUGAAGAGUGUAUAAAUAGUUCUUGAAGAGGUACAGCUUCAGAAUGUACACAGAUUGUGCAUUGUGUAUAGACUACUCUGGCUUUUCCUCAGCCUCUACUUUUGUAUUAAAGAUAUGACUGAAUAAAUCCUUGAAAUAUUAAGGGCCUUCUGCACUGUGAUGAAGGAGAGUUGCGGUUAAAAAUGUCUUUAAAUUCAGUGAUGAGGAAUAAAAUAAAAGACUGCAUCUAAUUUCUUUUUGCAUUUGAAAAUACAGAAUGUUACUAUGCAGUAAAGAUAUUUUGGUAUGAAAAUUAUAUCAUGCAGCAAAUAGUGAACCCUUAAUAAAUCCACUUACUCACCUUGCAGCCCCUACAGAAACAUGAGAGAAGACAACUUUUCAACAAUUACAGGCUAAAGUUUUUUGUAUACUUCAGAAAUAGAUUAAAUUGUUGGUAGAUGUUUUAUGAACAAUUCAGAAUGCAGUUUUUGUUCAAGUGCUUGCUGCAAAGCUCUGUUUCUGAUUGGCUGCUUGCAUCACAGUGCCAAGACCGUGAGCUGGUAUGUAAUGCAGUUCGGUUGUGUAUGGAACUAUGUGCAAAGGGAAGUUUAAUUUUUAAAUAUGCACAAACUAAUUUUAAAAUCCUUCCAUGUAAAAUGAAGUUAGAGGCUAGUUGUGGUGGACCUAUUUAUUGUAUGUUUGGAAAUAAAAGCCACAGUUUUGCAGUUUAA